AGAAUAAUCCAGUGUAUUUGUGCAGAAUUCUUCUCCGACGGUUCUUUUUCGAAUUCAUCCCCUUCUUUAAAGAGAAGUACUGAAAAUGAGCUUUGUUUAUUAAAACUCAGUCUAAUCGAGGAGUCUAGUAAGAGAAAACUUGCAGAAGAACAUCUUCUUUAUUUGAGCAAACAGUAUGAGAAGCUAUCCAAAUGUCUCUCUUACUCGAGAUCGUCUUUGCCUGAAUCACAGAACCUUGCAAAUCUCAAAAAUGAGAUUGAUCCUGUGGUGAUUUGCGAAGACGUUGUUGUUUUAAAAUAUGUAUCUGAAGCACUUGAAACAGCCUUGGCAAAGGAUGAAAUUGAAGAAGCUUUCAUGGAAAUUAUUGUCACAAAGAAUCAUGAAAUAUCUCGUCUACGUGAUCGAAUGAUGUAUUAUGAAACUGUCAACCGUGAAAUGUCUCAAAGGAAUCUGGAAACAGUUGGUAAGGUUUCUUUUGUUGCUACCACAAUAUGAUCU